AUGUUUUUCCAUAGUAUUCUAGUUCACCAACAUCGAAAUGUACCUGUUCAUAUUCUUCCUCUCUUUUUUCUCUCUCUGCAGCAACUAUUUCUUAAGGGUUUUGGAGGAGAUUAUACCAAAGCCUAUUCCAGAGCUACUGCUGUGGCACAUGAAACCAUUUCCAAUAUUCGCACUGUUGCAGCAUUUGCUGCUGAAGAAAAGGUCUCAAUCCAAUUUGUCUCUGAACUAAACCGACCAAACAAGCAAGCACUUUUGCGCGGACACAUAUCAGGUUUUGGAUACGGCAUUUCACAGUUUUUCGCAUUCUGUUCUUAUGCUCUCGGCCUUUGGUGUGCUUCAAUUUUGAUCAAGCAACAAGACUCUAACUUCGGAGACAUCAUUAAGGCUUUCAUGGUUUUGAUAAUUACUGCUCUUUCAGUAGCAGAAACGCUCGCUCUUGCACCUGACAUUGUGAAGGGAUCACAAUCACUUGUUUCAGUUUUCGAUAUUCUCCAAAGGAAAACUGCGAUAAACCCUAAUGAUCCCGCGUCAAAAGUUGUCAAUGAAAUCAAGGGAGAUAUAGAAUUCAGAAAUGUGGGUUUUAAUUACCCUUCAAGGCCUGAAGUGACCAUUUUCAAGAACUUGAAUUUACAAGUUUUAGCAGGAAAGAGCCUAGCAAUUGUAGGCCAAAGCGGGUCCGGUAAGAGCACUGUGAUUCAACUAGUCAUGAGAUUCUAUGAUCCCAUUUCAGGGUCAGUUUUGAUCGAUGGAUGUGAUAUCAAUAACUUAAAUUUGAAAUCAUUGAGGCAGAAGAUCGGUCUGGUCCAGCAAGAACCAGCAUUGUUUUCGACGACAGUCUACGAAAACAUAAAGUAUGCAAACGGAAAUGCUUCAGAAAUCGAGGUAAUGAAAGCAGCUAAAGCGGCAAAUGCUCACGGCUUCAUAAGCAGAAUGCCUGAAGGCUACCAAUCUCAAGUGGGUGACAAGGGGAUUCAGUUGUCUGGUGGGCAGAAACAAAGGGUGGCUAUUGCCCGAGCGAUUUUAAAAGACCCGUCGAUCCUGCUUUUGGAUGAAGCCACAAGUGCAUUGGACUCGGCAGCGGAGAAACAGGUCCAAGGGGCUCUUGAUGGGCUUAUGGAAGGCCGGACCACGAUCAUGGUAGCCCACCGCUUGUCCACAAUAUGUGAUGCAGAUUGUAUCGCCGUGCUGCAGCAUGGGUUGGUGGUGGAGAGUGGUAGCCACAUCCAGCUUAUGAGUAGACAAGAGAGUGUAUACAAACAAUUGGUUAAUCUACAACAAGAGAAAGACAUAUAAGUUCAUGUUUAGUUGGUGUUUGGGAUGUGUACAAACCACUUAACAUAAAGUUGGUAUGCCUAUUAAGGAAAGGUUGCAAGUUGAGUACUACAAAUUUUUGCAAAAUAUUUUCAAUAGAGUCGAGUGAACUGAUCGACAUGCUUGACUAGCACUGCCUAACUCAAGCCGAGCCUUGUUAGACAUGUUUGGAUAGUGAUGUAAAACUUCAUAAUGCUGGGGAAUAAAGUGAUAACGAGUUACAGUUCAA